ACUCUAAGUCUCAUAAAACUUUGCAGAAUAAAUGUUAAAUAUAAAUUUCGACAACUAGGAUAGAAGUGGGAAAAACCUUGAAAUAUACAAAAUAAUGGGAUCAGCUCAAGAUAACAAAAAGGGUUUACUCCAACGUUUGGAUGAGGGAGUGGUCAUUGGUGAUGGAGGAUUUGUGUUUGCUUUGGAGAAACGAGGUUAUGUGAAAGCAGGACCUUGGACACCAGAAGCAAGUGUUGAGAAUCCAGAUGCUGUACGUGAACUUCAUAGAGAAUUCCUCAGAGCUGGUGCAGAUGUAAUGCAAACCUUCACAUUUAAUGCUAGUGAUAGUAAACUAGUGAACAGGGAAAAUGAAGCUGGAAAACAAUUUACAGGGCAUGACAUAAAUGAUGAAGCAUGUAAACUUGCUCGUGAAGUAGCAGAAGAAGGUGACUGCCUUGUUGCUGGUGGAUUGGCACAAAUAUUAACUUACCAGCCAGGUACAAACAAAGAGAAAGUGCAGGAAGAAUUUCGAAAACAAGUCGAUGUGUUCGUUAAAAACGGAGUGGAUUUUAUAGUCUGUGAGUAUUUUGAACACGUUGAAGAGAUAAUAUGGGCGAUUGAAGUCUGCAAGAAGACAAAGUUACCUGUGGUAGCCAGUAUGUGUAUUGGUCCUGAGGGUGACCUUAACCAGAUAUCAUGUGGAGAGUGUGCAGUGAAAAUGGUUAAAGCAGGUGCUGAUGUAAUAGGUGUGAAUUGCCGUUUUGGCCCCAUUGAAUCUUUGGAAGCUAUGAAACUUAUGAAGAAAGCUUUGGAUGCCGAAGGACUCAAACCUCACCUUAUGUGUCAGCCUUUAGUAUUUCUUACUCCUGAUGCAGGAAAAAGGGGCUAUAUUGAUCUUCCAGAGUUUCCAUUUGCAUUGGAACCCAGGAGUUGUUCAAGAUGGGACAUACACCGUUUUGCUAGGGAAGCCUAUAAUAUUGGAGUCCGUUACAUUGGUGGAUGUUGUGGUUUUGAACCAUAUCACAUCCGUGCUAUUGCGGAAGAGCUCAGAGACAGUCGUGCAGUGAGGUAUUUAGAUUAG